GUCGAUCUGACAGGUCAGAGUCCAACUUUCAUGAAGUUUAUAGCAACUUUUAGGGCAUUAUUAUAGUAUUUUUAGUUACUUUACAUCGUUCCAGAGUCAUCUCAAGUUAGCUGUGAUAUCCCGUAGGAGUCCACUCAGCCAUGGCAUCCCAUAUAGCGAAAACUUUGUUGAAAUCUUCACAUGCCAGCUCGACGAUCAAAUUUGAUACUGCUAGGCGUGCCCUGAGCGUCGGGGCAGCUCUUCAGCAGAAGAAGACCCUCAAAGACCGCACGGGCAAGAAUGUGGUGCUUGUGGACGGCGUCCGCACCCCCUUCCUCGUGUCCUUCACCGACUAUGCCAGGAUGAUGCCCCAUGAGCUUGCGAGACACGCCCUGCUGGGUCUCCUGCAAAAGACCGGCAUAGACAAGGAGCUGAUUGACUACAUCAUCUACGGAACCGUCAUCCAGGAGGUGAAGACUUCCAACAUCGGCCGCGAGGCGGCGCUAGCGGCCGGGUUCAGCGACCGCACGCCGGCCCAUACCGUCACCAUGGCCUGUAUAUCCUCCAACCAGGCCAUCACUACUGGUAUCGGCAUGAUCGCAGCUGGCGCCUACGACAUCAUCGUCGCCGGCGGCGUCGAAUUCAUGUCCGACGUCCCAAUCCGUCAUUCCCGCAAAAUGCGCUCUCUACUACUCCGCGUCAACAGAGCUAAGACCCCUGCUCAGAGGCUGUCACUACUGGCUUCUAUCCGCCCUGACUUCUUUGCUCCUGAGCUUCCCGCCGUGGCUGAGUUCUCCUCCGGAGAGACCAUGGGUCACAGCGCGGACCGUCUCGCCGCCGCUUUCGGUGCGACUCGUCAAGAGCAAGACGACUACGCCCUUCGCUCCCACAAGGCGGCCGCUGAGGCGCAGGCUAAGGGAUACUUCACCGAUCUCAUCCCUGUCAAGGUGGACGGCAAAGACGGUCUGGUAGACAAGGACAACGGUAUCCGCGUGUCCACUCCAGAACAGCUCGCCAAGCUGAAGCCGGCCUUCAUCAAGCCGCACGGCACCGUCACUGCCGCCAACGCUUCUUUCCUGACUGACGGCGCGUCGGCGUGCCUGGUGAUGCCGGAGGCUAAGGCCAAGGAGCUCGGCUUCAAGCCCAAGGCCUAUCUCAGGGACUUCACCUACGUCGCUCAGGACCCUGUUGACCAGCUGCUCCUGGGCCCCGCGUACGGCAUCCCCAAGGUCCUGGACAAAGCCGGACUCACCAUGAAGGACGUCGACUCCUGGGAAAUCCACGAGGCUUUCGCUGGUCAAAUCUUGGCCAACUUGAAGGCCAUGGACUCUGACUGGUUCGGGCAGACCUACCUGAAGAGGCAGGGCAAGGUUGGCUCGCCCGAUAUGUCCAAGUGGAAUAACUGGGGAGGCUCUCUGUCCAUUGGUCACCCCUUCGCUGCCACUGGUGUCCGCCUAGCCAUGCACACUGCCAACCGCCUGGUGCGCGAGGACGGCCAGAUCGGCGUCAUCAGCGCCUGCGCCGCCGGCGGCCAGGGCGUCGCCAUGAUCCUCGAGAGGCACCCUGACGCCACCGCCGACUAGACUGCCACUACGCAACUGUCACCACCAGCAAACUGUAGCGUUGUAGGCUAACAUGUUAGUCCAUCCAUCUCAGUUAGGAAUGUCAUCACCAUUUAACAUUUUAAACUGAGUAGCUUGUGUAGGCUAACAUGUGCCUGGACGUCCACCUAAGUUAGCAUACUAUUAUCCUUAAACUGUGUAAGUCAUAUUAACUUGUUCGACGACGAGCGACGCCUUAAUAAGACGCUUCCUGACUCCACCCCCGACUAGACUGCCAACAAAACUGUAGCUGUGUAGGCUGGACAUCCACUACAGGACUACUAUCAGACUCACCCUUGAAUUUUAAAUGUUGGACUGUCUAUGUCGUAUUAACUUAACUAGUCGCCAUGGACAAGGCAUCGCCAUUAGAGAUAGCCUGACGCCAUCGCCGACUAGUGUGGCUUUGUGGGCUGGACGUUCACAUAUUUUAAUACUAUCACUCUGGAAUUUAAAUUUUUUAACUUUUUAAGUCAUGUUAAUGCUGAUACGCUGCCAGGAACAUCCUAAAAUACUAAAGCUUACACAAGAAAAAUAAAAACUUCUCGUAAAAAGCAAAUUCUCCAUGAGAGCUUUCUUUAUGUUGCUAACAUGUUGGAAUAACUUUCCGCCGCCUGCACCGUCGAGUGUUGUCUGCGAGGCCUGUUUUAGAAUCCCCUAAUGUGAAUUGGAUCAAAAUAUUGUCUUACAAAGACGUCUAAAACGUAUAGCUUGUUGACAGCGUCAAAAAUAUUUUAAUAAGUACAAAUUCAAACAAAAUUGUGCAUGUUUAAUUAUUCUACUUAAAAACUUGAAUGUAACCUAUCGAAUGUGUGUUCUGAGAUUUCUAAGUUUAUUAUAUGUAUUUAUUGGUAUUUUUCCUUGAACCUACAGUAAAUUUUGUAAGAUUUACCUAUUUAUUACAUCGUAGGUUAAGUAAUACAAUGACAAAGUUUUAAGCAUGUCCUACAUUUAAUUGGUUGGUAAGAAUUGUGUAUGUAAUCAAUUAUUUUAUUAAAGAAUGUUAGUAAAA